AUGAAUAGCACCGCAGUGGCGAGGGCGUCGCCAGACAUCCAGUCCUUGCAUAUUUCCUUCCAAGAUGUCCGCUUAGAGGUGGAGAUGCUGCAUCAGCCCCACUUCACCGUGGAGGCAACCCAGCCGUGGAGCUGUGAGGAGGUAUCGCUAUCGUUGACGCGCGCCGUCACCCUUCAUAGACCAGAAGAGCAAGCAAGACAACGGCGAAUACCUCUUGGCGCGUACAAGGCGGGAACGGUUCACAUCAUUACUGAGGGGCAACCAUCUGGUCCUGCAGCGUAUGAUACCAGUGUGGCCAGCGACGGCAUGCGCCACAGCACUGACGCAGCAGUCCUCUCCAUCCCUCUCUACGUGGCGCAUGCGUCAUAUAGGCGUCCGAAUCUCUACAAGGAGCACUUGAGCCUUUGCAUCGUGGAGGGCACGCAGCACCCCUCCACGCUUUCACGCCCUCAGCGCCGUGGCGGCGGGCGUCGACAUAGCCAUAGCGGCGUCCUUGAAGGCAGGGCACACAAGCUCACUCGUGUAUUGUUCAUCGAUAUCGCCGCUCUCACCCCCGACCCUCGUGCUUCCCUGCGCUGCACCAGCACGGGAGAAAUCUCCGCUCCAGCGGCACUCUACUUCAGGUGGGCGCCUGCGUCGUCGUCCUCGUCAACAUCAGCGUCGACGAAGGAUAGUCACAGGCUGCAAGGGCGCCACCCCCCUGGGCAUGGCGCACGAGACGGAUCACAGCAGCGCCACCGCCGCGUCGUACUCCUCCCACCCACCGCAGCGGGUAAAACGUUUGAAUUGGUGUCCAUCAGCGUGAAGCGAGGCCUCGGCGAGUGA